AUGGAUACGACCCACAGCCCGCAAGUGUUUCAGUCCAGCUUCUCCAUACGGUCGCUGCUCGCCGCCAAGGGCGAGGAGUACUACCAGCAGCGGCCGGCCAGUCCCAGUCAUUCGUGCAACAGCUCCGAGGAUGCCGCCUCCUCCGAUGAGACCUCCAGCGGCAGCGAUAAGCGACCGUCGCAUGAUGCCAGCAAGCCGGCCUUCACCUACAGCGCCCUCAUUGUGAUGGCCAUACGCAGCAGCCCAGAGAAGCGACUGACCCUCAGUGGCAUCUGCAAGUGGAUAGCCGACAAUUUUGCGUACUACCAGAACCACAAGAGCGUCUGGCAGAACUCCAUACGGCAUAAUCUCAGCCUGAAUCCGUGCUUUGUGCGUGUGCCGCGUGCUCUGGAUGAUCCUGGACGGGGCCACUACUGGGCACUGGAUCCCUAUGCCGAGGAUCUGACCAUUGGCGAGACAACGGGCCGCCUGCGACGCAGCCAGCAGCAUCUGCUGGGACGCUCCAAGGCGGCACAUCCCUACCAGCAGCAGAUGCAGCUUUAUGCGCAUUCCAUGUUCAAGCCGCAUGCCGCCUAUUUUCCAAUUGCAGAAACGGCACGACACCAACAGCAGCAGCAGCAACAGCAGCAGCAGCAGCAGCAUCAUACGAUCAUGAUGCAGAAUGCCAGUGGCAGUACCAGUGGCAGUACCAGUCCCAGUCCCAAAGCCCGUGCCAGUGCCAGGAUAGGGCCCAAAGGCAGCUAA